UGGGUAGGACACACCAGCGUAGCUCUGGCCAUAGCUCCAACUAUUCCUCUGUUCUGUGUCGUUCCCCAGGCUCCAUGACCGCGCUGUCACUUUUGCUUCUCUUGGGCUCUCUUCUCACGAUAGUCCAGACCGACACAUCCACAGGCGACACCAAGUUUGCAUUAGAGCUACUCAGAGCGCUGGCCAGGGACAAGAGUAGACCGAAUAUCGUAUUCUCGCCAUCGUCAAUCAGGACAGCCCUUGCUUUGGCCUACCUAGGCGCCGAAGGAGUUACUGGAGAGGAGCUAAAGCAGACCCUCUCACUGGAAGGAUCCGACAAGAAUGACGUGGCCCAACGAUUCGCUCAUCUUUUGGCCCAAGAAGAAAAUCAGUCUGAAGAUGACGCUCAGUUCAGCUAUGCCAACCGUAUCUACGUGGCCGAGCGGUACAGACUUAUUCAGGCCUAUCAAGAGUUGGCCGGUAAAUACUUCAACGCAUCAGCCGAGAAUGUGAACUUCGCAGACAACUUUAAAGUGUCCCAGCAAAUCAAUUCCUGGGUCGAGACGAAGACCCAUGACCAAAUCAAAGACCUCAUCAGCGCCGACUCCCUCAGCUCUGAGACUGCCGCCGUCCUGAUUAAUGCAAUCUACUUCAAAGGCAAAUGGGAAAGUCCUUUCUCUGAGACCAUGACGGCGACGCACGACUUUACGACGCGAUUUGGGGAAAAAGUCAAAACGUCCUUUAUGUUUCAGUGGCAGUUUUUUAGACACGCCGAGUUGCCCUCCCUGAAGGCCACGGCUUUGGAAAUGCGUUACAAAGGAACGGACAUUGUUUUGCUGAUCAUUCUGCCUUUAGAGGAGCAGGGACUGUAUGCACUCGAGGAGAAGAUUAGUGUUUUGGACCUGAACGAGAUAAGUUCGCAAAUGAGAGAGAAGCACGUGCGGCUCCAGAUGCCCAAAUUUAAACUAGAGUUUGAAGUCUCCCUGAAGCCUGUCCUACAGGAGCUGGGUAUAAAGACCAUGUUCGGUCACAAUGCCGACUUUAGUAGCCUUGCCAAGGGCCGUGACAUAAAGAUCUCCGAGGUGAAGCACAAGGCCUUCAUGGAUGUAAACGAGAACGGAACCACGGCCGCUGCUUCCACAUAUUUGGUUGCUGUGCCAUAUUCAGGCCACAAAGGGCAGACCAUACCAUUCAUCGUCGAUCAUCCCUUUUUAUUCGCCAUCAAGGACGAGCAGAGUAUCUUCUUUCUGGGUCAUGUUACCCGUCCCUCUGGCAAUAGCUCCAACUAUUCCUCUGUUCUGUGUCUUUCCCCAGGCUCCAUGACCGCGCUGUCACUUUUGCUUCUCUUGGGCUCUCUUCUCUCGAUGGUCCAGGCCGACAGAUCCACAGGCGACACCAAGUUUGCCUUAAAGCUAUUCAGAGUGCUGGUCAGGGACAAGAGCCGUCCGAAUAUCGUAUUCUCGCCAUCGUCAAUCAGGACAGCCCUUGUUUUGGCCUACCUAGGCGCUGAAGACACCACUGCAGAGGAGCUAAAGCAGACCCUCUCACUGGAAGGAUCCGACAAGAAUGACGUGGGCCAAAGAUUCGCUCAUCGUUUGGCCCAAGAACAAAAACAGUCUGGGGAUGACGCUCAAUUCAGCUAUGCCAACCGUAUCUACGUGGCCGAGCGGUACAGGUUUAUUCAGGCCUAUCAAGAGUUGGCCGGUAAGUACUUACGCGCAUCAGCCGAGAAUGUGAACUUCGGAGAGAGAAUGAAAGUGUCCCAGCAAAUCAAUUCCUGGGUCGCGGCGAAGACCCAUGACCAAAUCAAAGACCUUAUCAGCGCUGACUCCCUCAGCUCUGACACUGCCGCCAUCCUGAUUAAUGCAAUCUACUUCAAAGCCCAAUGGGAACAUGCAUUCUCUGAGUCCUUGACGGCGGUGCACGACUUUGCGUCCAGCGAUGGGAAAAAAGUCAGGACGUCCUUUAUGUUUCUGUGGGAGUUUUUUAGAUACGCCGAGUUGCCGUCUCUAAACGCCACGGCAUUGGAAAUUCGGUACAAAGGAACGAACAUUGUGCUCCUGAUCAUUCUGCCUUUAGAGGAGCAGGGACUGUAUGCACUCGAGAAGAAGCUUAGUGAUGUGGACCUGCACGAGAUAAGUUCGCAAAUGAGAAGGGAGCACGUGCAGCUGCAAAUGCCAAAAUUUAAACUAGAGUUUGAAGUCUCCCUGAAGCCUGUCCUACAGCAGCUGGGUAUAAAGACCAUGUUCGAUCCCAAUGCAGACUUUAGUAGCCUUGUCGAGGGCGCGGACAUGGCGAUCUCCGAGGUGAAGCACAAGGCCUUCAUAGAUGUGAACGAGAACGGAACCACUGCUGCUGCUUCCACAUAUGUGGAAGUGAUGGCAAAGUCAGUUAAACUCCCUAAUAGGAAGACAUACCCCUUCAUCGUCGAUCAUCCCUUUUUGUUCGCCAUCAAGGACGAACAUUCUACCUUCUUUCUCGGUCAUGUUAACCGUCCAUAUUACUAGAAUAUGUAUGUAGCGAUUAGUCCAUGAAAUAAAAGAUUCCAAACGGCUAUUGUUUACAAUCAGCAGACUCCAACUUUAA